UUCAUAAAGCACAGCAGAUUUCGAGACUAACUGCAGCUUUCUUGAGUAACACAGAAAAUGAAGGAAUUGCUGUCUUGACUUUGAGGAGCUAAGUAUGCAAGAAACUUCAGGGCUCAACUCACACCAAAAUAUAACUUUUUUUAAUAAACAGACAUUGCAGCGGGGAAAUAAGUGAUAAAAUAACAUUUGGAGUAUCUCAGAAUGUUAAGAUGAACUGUUAACUUCCUUUGACUUUUUUUCUUUCCUCUCUAUAGGCUGGUAGAAGCGGAAAGACAGUUGCAGAAUUGGAAAAAACAAUUGGUUUGAUGAAAAAGGUUGUAGAGAGAGUCCAAAGAGAAAAUGAGGAUCUGAAAAAAACUCCAGCUGUGGUUUCUAAUGAGAAAUUACUUGGUCUUGAACAGGAAAAUGAGAAGCUAAAGUCUGAAAUGGAAAAGAUGAAACUUCAGGUGGGGGACCAGCUGAGUAUGCGUCAUGACUCUAAAACCAAAGGAAUGGAAAAAGUCAUUACUGAAAACGAGAGGCUGCGUAAAGAACUGAAAAAGGAAGCUGACAAUGGAGAGAAGCUACGAAUAGCAAAGAAUAACUUGGAGGUAUUAAAUGAGAAGUUAACAGGGCAGCUGGAGGAAACCAUUAAGAGGCUAAAUCUGGCUGAGAGCCAAAUUGAUGGAGCUGACAGCAAAACCUGGAAGCCCAUUGUAACAAGGAUGCACAAAACGAAGAUAAAGGAAAUGGAAAUGCAUAUUGCUAAAAAAACCCAAAGCAUUACUGACCUUAAACGGCUGCUGCAGGAAGCAACAGAACGUGAACAGAAUGCUGAUAAAAACUUACAAGAUCUAAAAGAACAAAUUGAGCUUCUCAAACAGUUUCCUGAAGGUACAAGGACAGAGCAAAGCCUUUUCAGGGAGCUUCAGCUUUUAAGAUUAACUAAUAACCGAUUAGAGAAAGACAAAGCAGAACUAGCUCAGCAGGUGGAAGAUUAUAAGCACCACAUGCACACAUGUACAAGCGAAGUUUCUGCAGCUGGACAGAAUGAAAUUUUACAGAAGGAUAAAAGUGACAGGUUAAUGGAAGCAGCUGACCUCCAGACACAGUUGAAAGCCUCUGAGCUGGAGAAACAGCAAUUAAGGGAAGAAACAAAAGCGCUGAGAAGAGAACUAGAAAACUAUGGCCCUUCCUUUUUUGAAGAAAUUGAAGAUCUGAAAUAUAACUACAGUGAAGAAGUUAAAAAAAAUAUUAUCUUAGAAGAGAAACUAAAGCAGCUUUCUGAAGAGUUUGGCAUUCAAGGGGAUAGUCCAGGCAAUGUUUCUGUUGAUUAGGCUAGUGUUUAGUGUCCUCAGUAUUAAUACAGUAAAUAAAUUCGGGGGCAAUUUCAUAAUAUUUAUUUUAUCUGUUUUUUAUCUCGGAAUAAUACAAGUCUAUUGAAGUUACAAUAGUUUGGCACAUACCUAAGAGCACAGAAUUGGAUUAGUCGACAGAUUAUGGUCAGUAUUUAUAUACACCAGUCAAAAAUGAGUUUUACUUCUCCCAGCCCCUUUGCAAUACUGUAUCUUAAUUUAGAACAGUAAUUUGAGUUAUACACAGGUGUUAAGCGAAGUUGAAACCUUGGACUUACCCUGUAAGUCAAGAAACUCUUAAAAUGUACCAAGUCUGCCAAGUUCCAGACCAGUAAAAACGUGCAAUUCGUUCUGCUGUCUCGCGCUAUCAUCCUUAACUGUGGACUCAGGGUCAGUGUGCUGACUACCUGCGCUUACAUCCCUGACUGUUUUUACCUCAAAUUUUAGAAAAUCCAAGAACAAAGAAUUGAAAAUAAAGUUAUAGUAGUAUUUCAACCAAUCUAAUGGUGUUUUGGUAUUUAAAUAAUUUUUCAUUUUGUAUAUUUUAUAUAGCUGGAUGUAUACUUUUACAGCACAAAUAAA